CCGCGAGUGAAAUCGGCACAGUACAUCUGGAACGGGUCGAAGGUGUUAGCUAAAGUAUCAGCGAAGAGCUUAUCAUCAACCGACUUUGAAUUGGCGACUUCAUCUUUCCAGCAGCGUGUAUCACCCAUCGCCAUCUUAACAUCAUAAUGAUGUUCGUGGGUUAUCUAGUAGUGUGCUUCUUAGCAACAGCGGUGAACGCUCAGACUACUUUAGAAGUAAGACUAGUUGAUGGAAGCGUUGCAAACGAAGGCAGAGUUGAGGUUUAUUACGAUGGAGCCUGGGGAACUGUCUGUGAUGACUCGUGGGAUGACACCGAUGCUGGAGUUGUCUGCCGAAGUCUUGGAUUCGCUUCUGGAACUGGGGUAGGAAACGCUGAAUUCGGACAAGGUUCAGGGGAUAUCAUCCUGGAUGAUGUAUCAUGUACCGGAACCGAAACAAGUCUUGGUGAUUGUGAUAAUGCUGGUCUCGGUGUCCAUAACUGUGGGCACUCUGAGGAUGCUGGAGUACGCUGUUCAACAGGUGUUCGUCUUUUCGAUGGUAUCACGCUAGGAGAAGGUAGGGUUGAGGUACUUUACAAUGGAGAAUGGGGAACUGUCUGUGAUGACGGGUGGGACUUGACUGAUGCCAACGUAGUCUGUGAGUCCCUUGGACUUGGUGCUGCAACAGAUGCUUUCCAGUCGGCUUUCUUUGGUCAAGGCACAGGAACCAUCGUUUUGGAUGACGUCUCCUGCUCCGGUGACGAAACGAGUAUCUUUGACUGUGGGAAUGCGGGUCUUGGAAUCCACAACUGUGGUCAUUCAGAAGACGCAAGUGUACGAUGUGAAAACGGAGUACGACUGGUUGCUGGAAGCGAUGCAAGCGAAGGAAGAGUUGAGGUUUAUUACAAUGGAGCCUGGGGAACUGUCUGUGAUGAUUCGUGGGAUGACACCGAUGCUGGAGUUGUCUGCCGAAGUCUUGGAUUCGAUUCUGGAACUGGGGUAGGAAGCGCUGAAUUCGGACAAGGUUCAGGGGAUAUCCUCCUGGAUGAUGUAUCAUGUACCGGAACCGAAACAAGUCUUGGUGAUUGUGAUAAUGCUGGUCUCGGUGUCCAUAACUGUGUGCACUUUGAAGAUGCCGGAGUCCGCUGUUCUCAGACAAAUUUUGAUGAUGUUCGUCUUGUCGAUGGUAUCACUCUAGGAGAAGGUAGGGUUGAGGUACUCUUCGAUGGAGAAUGGGGAACUGUCUGUGAUGACGGGUGGGACUUGACUGAUGCCAACGUAGUCUGUGAGUCCCUUGGGCUUGGUGCUGCAACAGAUGCUAUCCAGUCUGCUUUCUUUGGUCAAGGCACAGGAACCAUCGUUUUGGAUGACGUCUCCUGCUCCGGUGACGAAACGAGUAUCUUUGACUGUGGGAAUGCGGGUCUUGGAAUCCACAACUGUGGUCAUUCAGAAGACUCAAGUGUAGUAUGUGAAAACGGAGUACGACUGGUUGAUGGAAGCGAUGCAAGCGAAGGCAGAGUUGAGGUUUAUUACAAUGGAACCUGGGGAACUGUCUGUGAUGACUCGUGGGAUGACACCGAUGCUGGAGUUGUCUGCCGAAGUCUCGGAUUCGGUUCUGGAACUGGGGUAGGAAGGGCUGAAUUCGGAGAAGGUUCAGGGGAUAUCCUCCUGGAUGACGUAUCAUGUACUGGAACCGAACCCAAUCUUGGUGAUUGUGAUAAUGCUGGUUUCGGCGUCCAUAACUGUGGGCACUUUGAAGAUGCCGGAGUCCGAUGUUCUGGGACAAAUUUUGACGUACGACUGGUUGAUGGAAGCGAUGCAAGCGAAGGCAGAGUUGAGGUUUAUUACAAUGGAGCCUGGGGAACUGUCUGUGAUGACUCGUGGGAUGACACCGAUGCUGGAGUUGUCUGCCGAAGUCUUGGAUUCGAUUCUGGAACUGGGGUAGGAAGCGCUGAAUUCGGAGAAGGUUCAGGGGAUAUCCUCCUGGAUGAUGUAUCAUGUACUGGAACCGAAACCAGUCUUGGUGAUUGUGAUAAUGCUGGUUUCGGCGUCCAUAACUGUUUCCACUUUGAAGAUGCCGGAGUCCGCUGUUCUCAGGCAGUAUCAGCAGAAUUACGACUGGUUGAUGGAACCUGCAACAGCGAAGGCAGAGUUGAGAUUCUCUACGACGGAGUCUGGGGAACGAUUUGUGAUGACUUCUGGGAUGACACCGAUGCUGGAGUUGUCUGCAGAAGUCUUGGAUACAGCUCGGGAACUGCGGUAGGAAGCGCUGAAUUCGGACAAGGUUCAGGGCCUAUCAUAUUCGACGAUGUCGAGUGUACCGCUGGAGAUACCGCUCUGGAGUAUUGUCAGAGCAAUGCUCCCUUCGAAAAUAACUGCUCGCACUUCGAAGAUGCCGGUGUCAGAUGCACUGAGUGAAGACGAUGCUGAGAGAACGUGUACACCUCGAGCGUUCCAGUGACCCGAUAAAAAAAAAAUUGCCACUCUCUUCCAUCUGUACUCUUCUUCAUGUUAUCUAUUAUCAACGAUUAACUCUUAUAUAUCUAUAUUGCAUUUGGUCAGCUGGUAUUAUAAAAACACAUUGAGGUAUAAUGUUCACCAUAGGUUUUAAAAAUGCUAAAGUUGGCUUUGUGUAGUGCACAGCUGUCUCGUUUAUUACCGGUUGCUCGUGCUUCUUAUAAUAAUUGAAAAGUCACUAUUCAUAGAAGGUGUAUGUUACGAAAGACGAAAAGAUAGUACCUAGAUAAUUCCAUAAACUGAAUAAAUAUCAAGAAGUACAGAAUGAAAACGAAAUACGUCAUAUCACAAUGAUAUUUUAUAGGUAUCACUCCAAGUAAAAAUAAAUAAAUAAAAAAAAACCCAAACCAAUCGAAAUAACAUAUACAUUGCUAAAAUCAAUGAUAGUGAUUAGUGGUAAUGAAAGUCACAUUUUCAAAGCCGAUUUAUUUCUGCCAAAAAAUAUACAGUCAUUCUGUAUUAUAAUGUCUUCAAGACACAUAUUAUACAGAACUACGUAUUAUAUGAUGACAUUUUUAAGUGUUUUCUUUAAAAGAAAAUCCUAAUCAAAUCUAAAGUGGAUGUAAAUUAAUUCUAAUAUUUCCCUACAUUUAUUAGAUAUUCAAUCAUCUUGGGGACGGAAAUUUCGAUAUUGAUCACCAUGUAUUUCAAAUCGUAAUUUUCUUGUAUGAUUUUGAUAGAUAAUCAAAAUUGGUGGGAUAAUGUGAAAUAAAACUAUUUAAAUCGUAAAAUCUGGGGGUCGUUCGUCGAUAUGCAAAUGUUUUGUGUAAAACUGUUGGUGUUUUGGGUACAAAGAAUUUGAUAGUCAAAUUGUUUUCACACCUCCCUUCAAUUUGAUUAUGAUUGGUGGUAGGGGUCUACUAACUGGAUCCAAAUUGAAAUUAUUCUCUGGUAUCUUUGGGAUUAAAAUCUUUCUGCAUUGCA